AUGCGGGUAACGGGGCUGUCAUACAGCGUGGGGGACUCGGAGCGCGAGGUGCCAGCAGCCUGGCAGCACCCAUACCUGAACGUCUUCAAGCACUUCCGCGUGGAGGAGUGGAAGCGCUCGGCCAAGGAGGGGGACGUGGCCACCCUCACGGAUGCCAGGCUGAAGGGAACUGUCUACCGGAUCCGGGGCUCCCUGCCCGGCAGCAGCUACCUGCAGCUGCCCCGUGCUGGGACGCAGUCGCUGGGGCUGGUGGGACGCUACCUCUACCUCCUCUUCAGACCCCUGCCCCACAAGCACUUCCUGGUGCACCUGGACGUCACCACCAAGGACAGACAGGAGGUUCGCAUCUCCUUCUCCACCCUCUUCAAGGAGUUCAAGUUCACAGCCACCUGGCUGCAGUUCCCCUUUGUGUGCGGAGCUGCCGAGGGCUCAGCGGAGGGCACUGGCGCGGCCGGGCGCGGUCUCGUGGGAGCUGCCCCUGCUGACGUGCGCUGGACCUGCCUGGUGCUGGACCUUCCCUCCAUCCUCUCCCUCUACCUCAGCCGCAGCUACAGCCACCUGAAGAGCAUCAAACUCUGCUCCAACCUGCUGGUGAAGAACCUCUGCACCAGUGACCUGCUCUUUGACCCAGGUGUGACCUUCUCUCAGGCAAGGCAGGCUGGCCUGCUGUGCCCUGGGCUCGUGCCCAUGCCCCGGGAGAUGGCAUUCCCUGUGCCCAAGGGGCGCAGCUGGCACGACCUCUACGACUACAUCAGGUUCCCAUCUGAGGGCUCUGAGCUGCCCUUCAGCUCCAUCAGGAGGAGCUGCCCUGAGCCAGUGGCAGGUGGGCAAGUCUCAGCAGACCUCAUCUGCCAGCCAGUGGUGCUCACCAGGGCAGCCCAGGACAGAGUGUCCCUCAGCCCUCACACAACCUGUCCCAAAGCUCUGCCACACUGCUGCCCUGCAACUCCCCAAAGCAUCCCUGAGCUUCACCUGACAGCCCCAGGGCUUCCCAGGGCUGCCCCUGCUGAGGAGCAGGAGCUGCAGGAGAAGCAGAGGCUGCACAGUGCCAGGGACGUGGAGCCGGCGGCCGGCGGUGGUGGCAUCCAGGUGUGCUCCCAGCAGGGCACAGAGGGCACCAGCACAGCUGCCCAGGCAGCCAAGCAGAGGCUCUUGCCAGAUCCCAUCCUGAAGCUGAAGAUGAUCAUUGGCUUUGGAGGCUGCAGCACCAAAUGGGCCCUGUGGACUCAGGACAGUGCUGCAGUGGUGUACCCCUGCCAUGCAGUGAUAGUGACCCUGCAGAUCCAGACUGGAGAGCAGAGGUUCUUCAUUGGGCACACAGAUAAGGUCUCAGCCCUGGCUAUCAACAGCAGCAGCACCCUGCUGGCUUCCACCCAGCUCGGAGCCCUCAGCGUUGGUCGCCUCUGGGACUUCCCCACGGGCAGCUGCCUCUCAGUGUUCCAAACCCACAUCCACUCUCUGACCUCCCUCAGCUGGUGUGGCAGCGGAGCGGCGCUGUGCGGGGCCGGCCGGGACACACAUGGCAGGACGAUGCUGGUGGUGUGGAACACUGCUCAGGUGACCUGUGGUGGAGAGGUGUCUGUGCUGGCCAAAGCACACACAGAUGUGGACAUCCAGACCUUGAAGUUUGCUUUGUUGGAUGACACCAGGCUGGCAUCGUGCGGCAGUGCCAACGUGCGGCUGUGGCGCCUGCGCAGCGGUGCCCUGCGCUCCUGCCCCCUGGCCCUGGGGCACCUCCAGCUCCUGCACUGCACCGACCUGGCCUUCCACCCGCACCACCACACUCUCUUUGUCAGCAGCAGGAGUGGCCACGUCCUGGAAGUGGACUACCGGAGGGUCUGCGUGCGGAGCGUGCGGCGGCUCCUGCCCCUGCGGCCCCCCGGGGCGGGCAGCGCCACAGGCCCUGGGAUUGCUAUAAACAGUAUCAGCAUCUCCUCCACCUUCUGUGCCACUGGGUCAGAAGAUGGCUGCCUAAGGCUGUGGCCCCCGGACUUCUCAGCUGCUGUCUUGGAGGCAGGGCAUGAGGCUCCACUGAGCUCCAUCUGCAUCAGCCCAGACAGCAGCAAGGUGCUGAGCACCACCAGCACGGGGAGCCUGGGCUACCUGGACAUCCAGAGCCGGGACUGCUACACCCUGAUGCGCUCCCCCCCGGGCCCAGUGCUGAGCUUCUCCCUGCAGGGGCUCAGGGAGCAGCUGGCAACAGUGGCCCAGGAUGGCAGCAUCCAGGUCUGGGACCUUAGCUCCAUGCAGCAGCUCUAUGAGUUCAGCAGCGCUGAGGACGUGCCCUGUGCUGUGGCCUUCCAUCCCACCCAGCAAAUCCUGGCCUGUGGCUUCAGCAGUGGCUUGGUGCAGACCUUCAGCUUGGCUUCCUCUGAUCUGCUGGUGGAGCACAAGCAGCACCACACUGUGAUCACUGGCCUGACCUUCUCUCCAGAUGGCCAGUUCAUGUUCAGCUCCUGUCUGCAGGGAACUCUGGCUCUUUACAGCUGUCUGGCAGAGAAAAGCCAAGUCCUGAGGGUGCUGGGCAGUGUGGUGGCCCCGGACAGUGGCAGCGCCGCGGCCGCGCUGGUGGUCAGUGAGGACAGCAGGCUGCUGGCCUUCGUGGGACCCUCCAAGUACCUUGUGACUGUGAUGGAGGCCUGCUCCUUACAUCAGCUGCUGAGGGUGGACAUCAGCACCCUGGGUGUGAACAGCACAGCUUUGGACUCUGCAAGGAGGCUCUGCUUUGCUGCAGUGCCUGCAGGAGAGCUCCUGGUGUCCACUUCCUCCAGCAGAAUCCUGGUGCUUGAUGCAGAGACAGGGCAGCUGCUGCGGGAGGUGUCUCCUGGGCACAAGCUGUGCUGCUCUGCCUUGGCCCUGAGCAAGGACAGCAGGCACCUGCUCACCGCUGCCCACAAGGCCAUCAAGGUGUGGGACUACCAGAGGAGCUUCCGUGGCAACUGCCAGGUGUACAUCGGGCACUCAGAACCAGUGUGCCAGGUGGCCUUCACCCCCGACCAGCAGCGCGUUGUCAGCGUGGGAGAUGCCAUCUUCCUCUGGGAUUUCCUGGCUCUGCCUGCAGAGAGGUCACCCCCAGCUGGGCCCUGUUCCCCCCGUGCCACCCUGCUGCCAGGCGCAGAGGGGAGUGCUGAGGAGCUGCAGGAUGCCUCUGAGGGCCCUCGGCAGGUGGUUCCUCAGCCGCUGUCGUCCUCCCCCCGGUGCCUGGCUGUCAGCUUUGCCCUCGGGGCAGGAUGUCGAAGCAUUUUCUCCGAGUCAGAUGCGGAGGAGGAAGCGGAGGAGGAAGCGGAGGAGGAAGCAGAGGAGGAAGCAGAGCUGCUGGGCAGCAGGGUGCUGCGGCAUGGAGACAGCCAUGCCUUGGUGCUGGAGCCGGUCAGGGAGGAGCAGCUGCUCGGUGUGAGGCCCAGGGUGAGGCAGGAGAGCCUCAGGCCUCCUGCAGAGCCAGCAGAGGCCAGGCAGGAGCUGCAGAGCCCCCGGCCGGGGCCCUCCCUGCGGCCAGGCUGCCGCCGGCACUUCGCUGCCCGCCCCAAGGCCUCGCAGCUGCCCCAGAGCUUUUUGUCUCCUCCAGCUGGCAGGGAGCUGCUGAAGCUGAAGGCAGUGAUAGGCUACAAUGGGAAUGGCAGAGGGAAUAUGGUGUGGCACCCUGACACAGGCUUCUUUGCCUACACCUGUGGCUGCCUGAUUGUGGUGGAGGACCUGCACUCAGGAGCUCAGAGCCACUGGCUUGGGCACACAGAGGAGAUCUCCACGCUGGCCAUCAGCCACGAUGCCCAGGUUCUGGCCUCUGCCUCGGGGAGGAGGGAUGGAGACCUCCACUGUCAGAUCUGCAUCUGGAAGGUGCAGGAUGGGACUUGCACAGCAAGGCUCUGCCAUCACAGGACACAAGUCCAGGCCAUGGCCUUCUCCAGGGACAGCAGGUUCCUGGUCACCCUGGGGGACUACCAGGACCAGAGCAUCGCUGUGUGGAACACUUGCACCCACCAGCUCCUGGCAUCUGCUGGCAUCCCACAGCCAGCCCACGAGGUGGCCUUCAGCCCCCUGUGCCCCCAGGAGCUGGCCUGUGUGGGGCAGGGAGCCCUGAUGCUUUGCUUCCUGGAGCAGCAGGGACCUGCUCUCAGCCUCAAGGUUCUCCAGGCCCCAGCUCCAGAAGUUCUAGGCCCAGUGGAGCUGACCUGUCUCUGCUAUGGUGCCAAGCCCCUGCUGUUCAGUGGCAGCAGCUCAGGGCAGAUCUGUGUGUGGGACACUGAGGCCAGCUGCUGCUUCAUGACGUGGGAGGCCGACGAGGGCGAGAUCGGUGUCCUGCUGUGUGGGCACCACAGGCUGGUGAGUGGCAGCAGCACCAAGGGCCUCCGGCUGUGGGCAGUGGGCAGCGUGCAGGAGCUGAGGCUGAAAGGUCCUGAUGCCAGCUGCGGCUCUGUGCUGCUGGAGCAGGAGCUCCGGCUGGACGGGGCCGCGGUGAGCGCAGCCUUCGACGAGCGGCUGGAGAUGGGCAUCGUGGGCACGGCGGCAGGAGCCCUCUGGUACAUCAACUGGGCAGAGAGCAGCAGCGUCCGGCUCCUCGGCGGCCACGGGGACAAGGUGACUCAGAUGUGCUUCAGCCCCGAGGAGUCUCUCUGUGCCACCUGUGCUGAGGAUGGCAGCCUGAGGGUUUGGUCUCUGGGCAGCCUGGAGCUGGUGGUGCAGUUCCAGGUGCUUGACCAGAGCUGCCAGUGCCUGGCCUGGAAGCCUGCCCCCGUGGCUGCCUGUGGAGCUGGGAGCCAGCAGGUGGUGGCAGGGUACAGCGACGGCAGCCUGCGAGUGUUCAGCAUCUGCCGGCCGGAGCUGGAGCGGAAGCUGCAGCCCCACGGCCCUGCGGUCACAGCCGUUGCCUACUCUGCAGACGGAGAAAUGAUCUUAUCAGGGGCUGAGGAUGGGCUGGUGGCUGUCAGCAGCCCUCGCACCGGAGCCACCAUUCGUGUCCUGGCUGACCACAGAGGCUCCCCCAUCACUGUCCUCCAGUGCACCAGCAAGCAGCAGUGGGACUUCGGGCUGGAGGGCAGUGAGCUCUGGCUGGCCACCAGCUGGGACCGGCGAGUCAGCGUCUGGGCCUCCGACUGGCUGAGGGACAGCUGUGAGCUGCUGGACUGGCUCAGCUUCCCAGCCCCUGCCAGCCCUCAGGAUCUCAAGAGCCUCCCACCCAGCCUGGCUGCCUUCUGUCCCUGGGAGCCUGGUACCUUGGUCUAUGUGGGCUUUGGGGUGCAGAAGGAAGCUUUGUUCUACAGCCUGCACAAGAAGCAGGUAGUGGAGAAGGUCUCCUUGCCCUACUUCGCCACCUCGCUCAGCCUGGCUCCUGCAGGACGCUUCAUGGCUGUCGGCUUCGGGGAGAGGCUGCUGAGGCUGCUGCGCUGCGCCCCCCGCGCCGCCCAGGACUGCGCCGGCCACGACGACUGCGUGCACCGCUGCUGCUUCUCCCCCUCCGGCCGCCGCCUGCUCACGGCCUCGCACAGCGCUGUCUUCCUCUGGCAGCUGACGGGCGGCUGA